GCCCGCACAGGCCUCGCCCCCUGCCUUGCGCGGCGCGGCGGCGGCUGCUGGACCCGACAGGCGCGCCCGGGGUGGGGGCGCCGCGCGCGCACUGCGGACGCCCGCGACCCCCGCCACCAUGUCCCAGGACGGCGUGGAGCUGGAGAAGAGCGUCCGGCGUCUGCGGGAGAAGUUUUAUGGCAAGGUCUCCCCCAAAAAGGCGGGGACUCUGAUGAAGAAAUUUGGCAGCGACCACACCGGAGUGGGGCGCUCCAUCGUGUACGAGGUCAAGCAGAAAGAUGGACAGGAGCUGAGUAAUGACCUGGACGCCCAGGACCCUCCUGAGGACAUGAAGCAGGACCAGGAUAUUCAGGCAGUGGCCACGUCCCUCCUCCCGCUAACGGAGGCCAACCUGCGCAUGUUCCAGCGUGCCCAAGAGGGCCUGAUCCCGGCCGUGGACAGACAGUUCGCCUGCUCAGCCUGCGACCAUGUGUGGUGGCGCCGGGUGGCCCAGCGGAAGGAGGUGUCCCGGUGCAAGAAAUGCCGCAUGCGGUACGAGCCGGUCCCCGGGGACAAGAUGUGGGGCCUGGCCGAGUUCCACUGCCCCAAAUGUCGGCACAACUUCGGGGGCUGGGCCCAGAUGGGGUCUUCGUCCCCCUGCUACGGCUGCGGCUUCACCGUGUACCCGACCCGGAUCCUCCCUGCGCGCCGGGACCGAGACGGAGAUCGCCGCAGCAUGCACAGUCACUCCUGCUCGGCCGAGGACUGCUACAACCGGCGGGAGCCCCACGUGCCCGGCACGUCCUGCGCGCACCCCCACAGCCGGAAGCAGAACCAUCUCCCCAAGGUCCUGUACCCCAGCAACCCGCACAUCAGCAGCGGCUCCACCGUGGCCACUUGCUUGAGCCAGUGCGGCCUCAUCGAAGACCUGGACAACCUCAUCCUGGAAGACCUGAGAGAGGAGGAGGAGGAAGAGGGGCGCGGGGAGUAAACACGACCCCCGCCGCGGGGUCAGAUGCAAUGCA